GGCGGAGCUUGGGGUUGGCUUCGGGGAGGUGGGUGGUAUACCUGGCCUUUGCUUGGCCUGGAUUGCAGAGUAGGCACCAGGGAUCCUCCCUGGAGGCUCUGUAUCAUGUGCCUGCACUUUCGGGACAUAGAACCUGCCCAAGUCAACGCUGAAGAAUCAAGAUGGCAGCAUCCUUCAUACAUCACAGAGAGGCAGUCUGCAGAUAAACGUAUUCGGAAUUUGCAAAACCUAAAGAAAGAGAAAAGGAAAUUAAGUAAACGGUUUGCAAAGCCUUCUCCUAUUCCAGAACCAGGACUCCUGUGGUCGUCUUGAUAAAGCAGGAGUCAGUGUGGAAGAAAUCAUGCUCCAGACCAAAACAGGUGGAUUUCUAACAUCAAGUUGCAUGUCAUGAUUUCAUUUCAUUUGGAAAAUAAAAGCAAUACUAUGACAUCUCAACAAAAUAAAAACAAUC